AUUUAAAUGAGGAUUUUAUAACACCAUCUAAGAAUUUUGGUAUACAUUGGACAGCACAUAAAGAAGCAAUAACAAACUAUAUAAUUAAUGUCUGCUGUAAAAUUUCUGCUGAAAAAAAAAUAUUUUAUUCACGAAUAAUUAAAAACAAACUUGAACAAGUUACUGAAAUUUCUACUCACAAAACGGUCUUAAUGACAGAUUAUUUUGAUAAAUCUACUAUACCACCAGAAAAAGCUACUAAAUUAUAUACUUUCUAUAAUCUACCAUCAAGAUACGCAUUGUCAAAUAGCAUAAUUCAAAGUAAAUAUGCACGAAUAUUAGUAGAAAUGGUUGACCGAAUUGGAAAAAUGUGUGAUUUAACUCUUUCAUUUGAUGGGUGGACAGAUAUAUCUAGUAACUUUAUAUAUGCUUUUCUUUUGCAUAAAUUUGAAGAUACUAAUGAAAUUAUUAAUAUAAAAGAUUUUUCUAGUACCCGACAUACAGCUGAUAAUUUACUUAUUGCAGUAGAAAACUCAUUAAAAAAU